AUGUCAGGAAGCUCGCGAUCUUUGUUGAAAGCACUUUCUUCUGUGUUCGACACUUGGGACAGUAAUGGCGAUUGGCGCUCCUCGCCCUCCAAUGAAGUGAAGGCCUUGUACGAUGUGAUCUACGCUUAUACAGAUAAACAUAACUCAACCUAUAACCUCAGCUCCUCCAUCAAUGAUGAACUACGAAACGUCUACCAAGAGCAAAUACGGAAUUCUGACUGCCUUGAAAAAGAAAUCUUCUUUUUGGACCUUUUAGUGCGUCUACUGCCGCUGUUGACUAUUGAAGACUCGAAACUUUGGCUCAAAUCCUACCUACGACCAGCCAUUGACACUGCAGGUUACGAUUUAGAUUUUGUUCACAAAUGUCAGGAGUUCGUGACGGUGUUGAGCGAUGACUCCCUUACUUCCACAGACUCGUCACUUGUACAAAGCAGAGAUGAAUUGAGUCUAUACAUAAUGGAACGAGUCCUACGGAUAUACAUCGCCAAAGAUCGAGACGCAUACAAAGCCAUAGAUCUUCAAUUCACUGACACGGAGAUCGGGACACAAUUACACACUGAGCGUCUUCGUUUCCUCGAAAAGAACUGUGCCUCUAUCCUAGAAAAAUGGUGCCUAUGUCGCCCUAAAAUGUGCUUUACCUUGAUAAACAAAUACUUCCUAGAUUCUGAAAGCAGGCUCAAGGUCAUGGCUCUUUUCACGAUUCUUUCUUCUGGCAAGAAGUCUCAAUUGCAGCACGUUGCAAUGACGCCAUUGUACAAGAACUUGCUUCGAUCACUCUGUUAUGAUACCAGCGAGGCAGUUUUAGUAAGUGGUCUCGGAAUCCUCAUCAUGCUUAUGGGAAAGGUGUGCCACAAGGUAUCGUCGUAUUUGCCUGAUCUACUAGUGGUGUAUUCUCGUUUGCUCCUUUGGAAAACCCAACAGUUCAAAGACCAGCUCUCAAUCUCCAAAGUUCAGUGGUCCAUUGUAGAACUGAACUCACACGGUUCAUUGAUGGGUUCUCAGCAUUACUCAGAAGAAAGCUUCAAUUUGACGUAUCUUUUGACCCUUCUAUACGGUUUGUUUCCCACCAAUCUUUUCAAUUUCUUCCGGUCCCCUGCAAGUUAUUGGGCAAAAUCUCCGCCACAGUUUAUCAGUUAUGAAUAUCUCUGUAAGAUCGAUAAUGCGCAAGAGAAUUUUGGAGUAUUCGAUUCUAUCACAAGUAAAUCACAGCCUAUGGUAAGUCGCUUGAUGGUGCAUCCAAAUAUCCUCAAAGGCAACUCUCCAGAUGAUGAGCUAGAAAAUCCCAUUUCUUGGAUUCUAAGCAGCUCUAUGGGUGAGGAUGUCGGAGAGGAUGAGGUUCUAUUAGCUUGUCUUAAACUCAAUCCCGAAAUAAUGAUUUCACUACCCGAUUUUGCUUUAGCGGCACAUGGUCCAUUGAACGAUUCCGCUUCUAAGAGAAAUUCCAUUGGGGACUCCAAUGACUUUCGGCGCUUGCAAAAGUCAUACUCGGCUGGCAACUUGCUCCGUGAUGGUAUUGUUCAACUUGAAAAACUUUCUUCAUCAAAUAUAGAUUUUUUGGCUCUGAAUUUGAAGUCCAAAAAUUUCCCUACCUGGAACGAAAGAAGAGUUUCAAUUGUUCCAACAAAACUUUCUUUAGAGCACUAUGCCUCUCCAGCGAGGUCUGAGGCUGACAAUAGCGAGAUUCAAUUUCAUUCUUUUGAAUUCAAUCCCAAUAAAUCGAGAUCAGAUUCUGAGACUUUGGAUGAGGCCAUUAUAGACCCAAAGCGGAUGGGCUCAAUAGGAGACUUAUUUUCUGAACAUGAGAAGCUAUACUCCUCAACGGAUGGACAUCAUUCGAAUGGUCAGCCAGUGAAAGAGAAAAAUAUCGAAAAUGCAGUCGGCAGUUUUCAGCCGUCAGAAAAGACCGCCUCAAAUUUACUCUCAAAGCAGCUACGGUCUGACACUCCAACCGAACCAAAAGAAGCCCCAACCUCCUCUGCUGGAACCGUGGUAGACUUUUAUCAAAGAGAGCUCUUAAUUAUGAAAAAUGAAGUCGAAUUUCUGGGUUUUGUGAAAAAUCUCAACAAGCUCAAUUACGUGAAACUCAAGUUGCAAUUGAAUCGUCUUAUGCUUGAAGAAAGUAGGAAGCCACCUGACAACACUUCAGGAGACAAAGCUGAAUUGAAAAAACUUGAGGAAAUGAUCCUGAUGAUGAAUUUGAAGAGUACCGAUGACGCUAUGCAAUUGUCAACUCAACAUAACACCCUUUUGGCUAAGAUUGCAGAACUACGUGAGCAGUUGGAAGCUAAACAAAUUGAAUUUGAAAGGGUGAGUCAGGAUUUAUCGGAGAAAGAGACCGCGUUGAUUCUGGUACGAGAUAAGCUCACUCAGACAGAAAGUGAGCGAGUCACCAUGGCAAAUCAACUAACAUAUCUUCUUGAGCAGGCUCAGGAAAAAAAAUGCGUCGAAGCCGAACAUGCAGAAUUCGUCGAUCGAAAUCUGUCUGAAUUGACACUCACACAAUACGAAACAGAAAGGGUUCAGAGUUCUACUGAGCUCUCAUUGUACAAGGAGAAAUUGAAUCGAGCUUUACUAGAAUGUGAGAACACUCGAGAGGACUUAAGUCUGGCAACAACGAGAUACAACAAUGAGCUCAGACUUCUCAAGUUAAAUAUUGGCGACAGUGUGCGAGAGCAAACUGCCCAUUAUGAGCGUAGAGUCCAGGAGCUCAAUAGAAUCGUCAUGCGACUUGAGACCUUGUUAGAUGAUAAAGAUGUUCAAAUUGCGCAAUUAUCGAGACCAAACCCUAUUCAAAUCCCAAGACCAAGUAUGGUGAAUCCCUUGGAUAGUUCCUACAAUAAUUGGGACGUACAGAAUCCAAUUCCGAGCCGACCUUCACUCGAGUUAGGCUCCAUGCCACGCGAUUACGGAUUUUUGGACAAGAGAAUGCCUUCGUUCAAUUCCCUGUCCCUGUCGUCGACUCCUAUGGCAACUACGCCUCAGGUUCCUCCUGGGCCACCUCUGAGUUCGAAUACCCGUCACAAUUCCCUGAACAAUAUCCCCAUAAUCAAAGGCCGUGGUGGAUAUCAAAAGCGGUCGAAAAAAAUGAUGUAA